AUUGAUUUUACGCUUCCAUCUAUCACCAUGCCUAAACGAAAGCUCUCCGAGCUGAACGUCCCCGCUCGAUCUGACACUCGCAAACUCUCGAUAAAGGCUGUCCGCCUUACAACCAAAUUCGACCAUGGCGUAUUACUUAUUUCCCGAGGCCUUAAGACAGCCCGUGGCUUCGAGAGGCAAAAAUUGAGUCGGCGAGAAAAGACCGCAAAGUCCGACUUUAACAGACCGACCCUGGCCCGACUAGCGGAGGAAGUGGAAGCAUUGAAGGCCCUUGACUACCAAGUCACCGCCGAACGAUAUCUCUUCAAGCAACUAUCCAAAACGAAGCGGAUUGCGGAGACCGCGACCUUCAAGGAAUUCUCAGAGGCAAAGAAUGUCUCCACGGAGGGACCUAAGAGCAGUGCGGAGUCGAAUGUCUUGGGUCGAUUGUUCAAAUCUACACCCGUGAAGAAUGUGAUGCCUGAUAUUUUGGAUGGCAUUCGCAAGUUGCUGGGCGUUGAAGAUGCGCCGGCUGGCAAGUCGGGCAAGGCUGGAGCCAAGAGCGAUGCCGCUAAGAAAGAGAAAUCAACACAAGCGAAGAAGUCUGAGUCUAUUUUUGGCUCCGAAGAUGAGAAGCUGUCAAUAAAGGCGCAAAGGAAGGAGAAUACCGAGCUGGACUCAGACUCCGACGAAGAUAUGAAUGUUUCUGCAGAGGAAAUGGACUUUGAUAGCGACGAUUUGGCACAGUUUGACUCCCGUCUUGCGCCAGGGUCUGACGUUGAAGAAUCAGCUGAUGACGAAGAAAUGGCUGAUCUCGGCGGGAAGAACACCGUCGAUUUGGAUGACAUUUCAGACUCAGCGUCAGGCGGCUCUCCUGACAUUUCAGAGGACGAACAGGACGAGGAAGAAGAAGAGGAGGAGGAAGAACAGAACUCUCCACCGCCGAAAAAAUCCAAGGGCUCAAAAGCUUCUGCUGCUCCCGCACAAAGCACAACCUUCCUCCCAUCUCUAAUGAUGGGUGGUUACUGGUCCGGCUCAGAAGAGGCUUCGGAUGACGAGCAAGCUGCUGGCCCACCCAAACGCAAGAAUCGAAUGGGCCAGCAAGCCCGGCGAGCGUUAUGGGAGAAGAAGUAUGGCGCCCAAGCGAAGCAUAUUCAAGAAGAGCAGAAGAAGCAGAAACGCAGCAGAGACAACGGCUGGGACACUCGAAAGGGAGCAACAGAUGGCAGCGCGCGAGGGGGCCGAGCAGGCCAAGGAGGCAGCCGAGGUCGUGGCGGCUUUGGUGGUAAUGCUGGCCGGUAUAAUCAACACAGUAGCCAUGAUGGCAAGCCGAAGGGUCCGCCCAAAGACCAGGGACCGCUGCAUCCUUCGUGGGAAGCGAAGCGUAAGCUCAAGGAACAGGCCACUACUGCUACAUUCCAAGGCAAGAAGGUUGUUUUCGAUUAG